CUUUCCAAAAAUUGUUGUGAUGAUUCAUUAACAUGGAGAGAGUGUGCAUGUGAUGCUCAUCCUAUAAGAGGCAUGUGUAAAGAAGUUGCUAUUCAGACAACAUGUACAUGUAAUAGAACCAUAGACUUCAACAAUUCACAGUUUUUUUUAUUUUAUAUGUCUAACUCUUAAAAGUGCCACAAGUCUAUUAAAGCCCAUUUGUCCUCAUUGAAUAGUAAAACAUGUUUAAACUAAACUAUUAAAUUUUGAAACCAUUAAAAGUAAUGGUUGAAAAUAGUUAAAAUGCAUUUUUUUUUUUAAAUAUAUGUAUAUAUCUAAUAGGUAUGAUGGAAGUAAAAAGGCUGCUGCACCAUGGUACGAAAUUAAUGCCUCUACUCCAGCUGGAACAUCAGAGCAGCACAGUUGUGCAUCAGGUAUAACAACUACUCACAAUGUGCUAUCAAAAGUAAUAGAGCCAGAUGUAUCAGAGAUCUCAUGUUCAGACACAGAAGGAGGUCAUAAGUACAUAGAGUCUAGACUGUCUGGAUUGGAAGAUGUGAACAACAACAGCUUUAUUAAUCCUUUUGAUAUCAGUAUUGACAUGAUUGAUAUUUCUCAAAAUGAUGAUGACUCUGAACAGACAUCCGAUGAAGACUAUGAACCUAGUUUCAACAUAACACUAAGACCAAGUACAGUUGAUAAUUCGGAGGAACAAGAAAGUGAAGAUGAUGACCCAAUUGAAGGCGACAAAUCAGAAGAGGCCGCUAUAGAUAUGGGUCCAGGAGUGAAGAGAUUAACAAUUGGAAAUAUUGACAACUUUAUUACAGAACAACCACUGUUGGUUUACAGAGAUUGCCUGUUGAUGCUAGCAAACACACAUACAGUACAGUUGUGUACAAUGUCUGAUUGUAAAAGUCUGGUUGAUUUAAAAACAGAAACUAUUGGAUCUGCAUUUUACAUAACAUGGGUGUGCAAGGGAGGUCAUAUACUAAAUAAGUGGUGUUCUCAACCACUCUUAAAUAGAAGAAUGCAUUGUGGAGAUUUAAUGUUAACCUCUGCAAUAGUUUUGUCAGGAAACAAUUUCCAAAAAAUUGAAUUGUUUUGCAAAAUACUGGGCCUUCCUUUAGUGAGUUCUUCCACAUUUCAUAAAAUGCAGAGAUCAUACAUAGUACCAUCAAUUGACAAGUUUUGGCAGAAGCAUCUUGAUGAUAUUUAUACAGAGUUACAAGGAAAAGAAGUUGUAGUACUGGGGGAUGGUAGGAUGGAUAGCCCAGGUCAUUGUGCACAAUACUGCACUUACACAUUUAUGGAGAUGGAAACAAAGAGGAUAUUGUGUAUUAUAACUAUGGACAAAAGGAUGACUGAGGGCAAAAGUACUAGUCUGGAGAAAGGCUGUUUUGAAAAAGGUUUGAAGAUAAUGACAGAUGCUGGGUUAAAUAUUAAAGAAGUUGUAACUGAUGCACACCCACAGAUUGGAGCAUUGAUGAAAAAACCACAGUAUGCUAAUAUUAAACACUCUUUUGACAUUUGGCAUGGCACAAAGAAUAUUGGAAAACAGAUUUUAAAGAUGUCUCAGGAAAAAGGGAAGAAAAACAAACCAUUAUUAGAGUGGACAAGAGAAAUUAUAAAUCAUUAUUGGCAUUGUGCAUCUGUUAGUAAAAGCCCUGGUGAUUUUAAGUGCACUUGGUUUGGAAUUUUACACCAUGUGGUAAAUGAGCACAUCUGGAUAUUGUCCUAUGAUGACACAUUUCACAACAACACAUGCAACCAUGGACCAUUACCUGAAGAAAGGGAAAAAUCAUAUAUGGAAAAAGGAUCAGAUGCUCAUAAAGCAUUACGAAGCAUUGUUAUGGAUGACAGGCUCAUUAAAAACAUACUUUACUAUUUGAAUUGCAGGAGCACCUCAGAUUUGGAAUCAUUCCAAAACCUUAUUUUAGCCUAUACUUCAAAAAGACAUGCCUAUACUCCACCUGUGUACCGAGUUAGAAAUCGAUCUGAUAACACUUGGUGA